AUUAUACUAUCAUGAUUGAAGAGAGAUACGAGGAGGAUAUAUGUAACCCUGUACAUACAUAUAUAUAUAUAUAGCUUUUCUCACUUUCAUUGGGGCAAGAGAAGUAUAUAUGCCGUGAUCAGGUGGAUCAGCUCAGGCCUACUCACAACAAGAAAACGACACAGCAAACCAAAAUAAAAUAAAUAAAUCAAAAGAAUAUACGGAAGGAAAGCGAAAGCCCCAUUUUCAACAGCUGUAAUUUCCAUGUCUAUUUCUCAGAAUUUGGCCUUUAAUGAUCUUCUCCUUCCUGGCGUUUCUCUCUUACCCUUUUUGGGUCUUUUGCUGUCCUUUCUCCUUCUGUUUCUUUCAUAUAGCUUGUAUCUCCGUUCCUGGCUCUUUACAAUUUCUUCUGCAAUCUUUUCUCUUUCAUCUGAGAUUUUUUUCUCUCUUUUCUUUUUCUUUUCUGUUUAGAUGAGUUUAGGUUUAUGUCUUGUUGUAGUAGAGAAAAAUUUUUGGCCCGCAAAACGAGGUUAAAUUCUUGCCUUUUCUAAGUCACUUUCCAUCUUUCUUUCUGAUUUCUGCACAUUUCUCCUUUGUCCUUCCACGUUCUAUCAUCUCAUCUCAUCUCAACACCAUAGCAAUCGUAGAAAGAGAGAAAGAAAUAUAAUACUUAUUAUAUCAUGGUGUCAUGUCAAUCAAUUAUGGCUCGUUCUGUUAUUAAUUAAACUCAGCAUUCAGUUUUCAUAUCACUGGUUUUAAAAUAGGUCUAAACCCAUCACCUCCAUCCUUUUUGCUGAGAGUUUGCUCUCGUUUUGUUAUAAUGAAAAUUGAAAUGAAUUCUCACAGCAAGUGUAGUAGUCAUAGUCUCAUGUUUUAUUAUUUUCCCAGUUUAUUUCUCUGUGUACUCUUGCUUCUGAGCUCGACCCAGAUGAGAUGCAAGGCUGAAGGUAGAUCAGAGCCAAAGUCUAUUACUUUUUCUAAGACAGUCGACGAAGAGAAAGCGGCAUUGAGGGCUCAAAUAGGGUCAAGGCCUCCGAGAUGCGAAAGAAGGUGCAGCUCAUGCGGGCACUGUGAAGUCAUUCAGGUUCCUACAAACCCUCAAGUUCAAAAAGGGAAGAGAUCAAAUCCUUCAACAGUGUCUAAUGUUGCCUAUGCAAGAGGUAAUGACAACUCCAACUACAAGCCAAUCAGUUGGAAAUGUAAAUGUGGAAACUUCAUCUUUAACCCUUGAUCAAAUUAGUGAUUCGCCCUUUUUUGGAUCCAGCUAGCCAACACUUCUAUAUAUAUAUAUGUAUGAUCAUACAUACAUAUAUAUAUAUAUAUCUAUGUAAGUGAAUAUUCUUUUUAAUUUCUCCUUUUUGACCUGUUUAUGGUCGGGGAAGGACGACAAGUUCGUCUCUAUGACUAUAUAUAUAUAUAUACCCUUGUAACGAGUCUAUUAUUCUCUCUUUCACCUGUUCAUGGUGUUUUUUCUUUUACAAGAUCAUGUAAUCUCUUGAUUGCUGCAUAGAAAGAUGGCAAGAUAUCAAAUGGGUUAUGUGCAAAUGGAA